GACUGCACCAGCAAGGAGUACACCAAGGUGACCUUCUGGCCGGACUUCCCCCGCUUCGGCAUGACCGGCCUGGACCGGGCGGACAACGACAUCUGCAGCCUGCUCAUGAAGCGGGUCUACGACAUCGCAGCGUCCACGGCCAAGCACAUCAAG